UUGGCAAUUUUGUUGCAUGUAUUUUAUGAGUUUACUUCACAGCAUUCCAGACAUUUAGAAUGGCGAGUACACUGACUAAAAUUAGCGGGGCUGUGUCUUUGCUUGCCAUUCUGUUAGCUGUUAUGAUGAACAGGAAAAACAAGAUUCAGAAUUUUAACACUGCAAUUCCAGAUAUACUUAACUCAUUAAGGCAGGCAGAAAAUAUGGUUGAAGUUGACAAGAGCGUGAAGAUUGCUGUUGGUUUUGGAGGCUGCAUGGAUGUAUUUGUCGAUGCAAUUGAACUCCUAAAAGCAGUGGGUGUUAAGGUUCCUAAAUCCCCCAAACAUCAAAGAUGGAUUGCAGAUAAGGAAGAAUUGGGAGAAGGGUUCGCUUAUUUCUUCCGUCAUGGAGCGGCCGCUGAAAGAUAUAUGAACAACGCUACUUUGUUUCGUCAACUCGUAAAUGCCGCUGAAAAUAUCCCAAACUCACGAGCAGCUAUAGGGGGCAAUGCACCUGUAAUGGCCAACAGGUUUGCAGCUGAGGGGGCAGAUGUUUUGCUUGCAGCUCAAACAAGUGCUGAGUUUAAAAAACAGCUGAAUUCGACGAUUGUAGUAGCCGGUAGUGAGACAGAUCGAAGUGAUAUUCAUCUUAUUAUGGAGUAUACGACGGGAGAGAAAUGGGGCAAGUAUGUGUCUACUAGAGCUAACAGGUUUAUUGUUCAUUCUGAUGAGUUCAACCCAACUAUUGGAUCACUGGAACCACUCAUGGAGACUUACGUUAAGUUUGAUCCAUCCCUGCUGGUCGUGGGAGGCCUUCAAAUGUUGGAUAACUUUCCUUUCAGAGCUGGUGAAAGAAACAGUAGAUUAAAUAUGUUACAAGAAUUAAUGAUGGAUGCGAACCAGAGAAAAAUUUUGACCCAUUUUGAGCUUGCAUCAUUUGUGGAUGAAUCAUUGAUUACCGAUCUCAUGGAACAUGUUCUGCCAUACUCGGACUCUAUUGGAAUGAAUGAACAAGAGUUGCCGAACCUUUUAAGUUUUCUUCGUUACGGCAACAUUACAAUGAUAUCUGAUUCUUAUCCUCGCGUGGCUGCAGUCUUGGACCAAAUUCGUGCAUCUUAUAAGAUUUUACGAACAAAACAUAACCGCAUAUCGCGCCUGCAUGUACACACUAUCGCAUUUCAAGCAAUUCUUACUAAAGUAUCAUCGCCAUGGAAAAACACCUUGUCAGCCACUGCUCAUGCUUCUUUAACUGCCAACAGACAUGUAUGCGGAACUCCUAAAGUCGACAUCCAACGCUCUAAACUUCUUUUUGAUGAAUCCUUCUCAACUACCAUGGAUGCAGAAACAGCAAGCAAAGUCCCUCUCAUCCCAGAACGUCCUGUAUCUUGCUGGGAGGAGGAUAUAGGUGAGGGAGAGUUAGUGCUUCUCUGUAUUGCUCCUAACCUGGUUUGCACAAAAGUUCACCAAACUGCAGGUGGUGGAGACAACAUUUCAUCUGCUGGCCUCAUUUUUCAAAUUUAGAAUCUCAUAUUUAGUGUUUAUAGCUAGCAUAAGUUCUGCACUUGAACAGUAAAUAUUUUAGAUCCUGUAGUAUAUGCAACGUAGUUGAACCCAGUUAAUUCUUAAUAUCAUUGUUUAUUUUAGAUUUUAUAAAAAUCUUGUCGUCACAAUUUUAGUUGUAUCAUAUUUUAUCCCUUUUUGGUGAGCACUGUACAGUUGGUUGCGUUUAUUAUUAUGUAUUGCAUAUAUGUUCCUACUAUAUUUGCUACUCAGUCAUAAAUGCCUCUUUUGUCAUCAUAUAUUUUAUUAAUAAUUUCAGUAUUUUUGCUUCAUCUCAAUGGCCCUAUUCAGUGAAACAUUAAAGUGCAAUAACAUGGUUGCAUUUUAACCCAAACUUACAAACAUUCGUUGUAUUGAACUAUGUAUAUAUUGGUGACGCAUUUGGUACGAGUACAUUGCUAUAUAGAAACUGUA